AUGGAGGACAACUGGACGUUUGACGAUGUGAUGUUUUAUUGCCGGAGCCUGGAAGAGUUCAACUCGGAUUUUGAUAUUCCAAAGUCCCAAGUAGCAUGGGUAAAACGGUUUAUACAGCGCUACGCAGCACGUGUCCCCCCUGACGAUGGCGGUGUACCCUCUACUGACGGCGGUGUAACCCGUGGCGAUGACAGUGAGCACGAGGAGAAUGGAGGUGCUGGCGGCGUAACCCCUGGUGUCGACAGUGAGCGCGGUCAAAAUGAUGGAGUAACCGCUACUGAUGAUAGAGUAACCCCUCGUGAUGGCGGCGUAACCCCUGGUGAGGACAGUGAGCACAAGCAAGAUAAUAGUGUAACCCCCGGUGACGGCGCUGUACCCUUCGAUGGCUGUGGAGAUGAAGACAGCGAUGAAGACAGCUACGAUAGCGCUGGAUCGGAUGAAAGCGAUAGCAGUAGCGAGAGUAUGGAUUGUAACGAGUCCGAAGAGAGCGAGUAUGAGGUGCCUACAGCUGCUAAGAAGACUUCAUUGCCUCGGAGGCAGUCUCCUACCAGGUCGCGGAAGCAGAAGCCAAUAUUGGAGUGGACGCGUGGUGAUGAUACGAGUUGGAUCUAUCGCGAGGGCCUGGACAGCCUAAUGCCGCAUCAGACUUUGACAGAGUCCGCCGUUGAUUAUUUUGUGCAUGGUUUCUUUUCCGAACGAUGCAAGCCGUGA